AUGGGCCUCAGCUGGGCCGGAGGGGCUCUGACGGUGUGCCUGUGGGUGAGUGUGGGGGGGGUGUGGGGGGAGGUGGGCGACUUCUCCACCUGUCCCAGCUUCUUCUGCGGGGGCCAGCCCCCGAGCGGGCUGGGGGGAGAGGGCCACGCCCAAAUCUGCCAGCGCUACAAGAACCGGCAUCACUUCGCCACCCUGUACCGGCGCCAGGACAGGACCGCACUCUACUCUGCCUACCUGGUUACCGUGGGGAUGAGCAAGAGACCCCCCGCCAGGUGGAAGUACGAGCCUCAGCUGGCGAACUCCAAGGCGAGCCCGGAAAUGCAGCGGUUCCCCAAGAACGGCUCGGUGGACCAGAACGUGCUGGACAGCCAGGCCGUGCUGCAGGAUUACGCCCAGUCCGGCUACACCAGGGGCCACCUGAGCCCCAGCCUGCACCACGCCACCCGCGAGGCUCAGAGGGCCACCUUCACCCUCACCAACGUGGUGCCCCAGCAGAAGGACUCGAACUCGGGCCCCUGGGCCGUCCUGGAGAGGGAGGUGUGGGCCCGCCUGGGGGCCCACUGCAUGGGCCAGGCGUACGUGGUGACAGGGGCCCUGCCGUACCGGGCCCCCCGCCACAUCGCCGGGCGCGUGGCCGUGCCGGAGUACUUAUGGACGGCCUACUGCUGCCCCGCCUUCAACGCCAGCCUCCCGCCCCAGCUCCGCCCCUUCUUCCCCUCCUACGCCGCCAUUGGCCGGAACGACCCGCUCAGCGACGAGAGCAUGGUGCCGGUCGACCCGGCGGCCAGGAGGGCCGUGCGCGGCUACGACGUCCGGCGCAUGCCCCUGGGCGCCGUGGAAACGCACCUGGCGGCGCGGCUGGGCGGGGGGGGGGCCGUCCACGUGUUCCCACACGGGUGCACGCCCCCCGCCCGCAUGGGGGCGGGACACGGCCUGAAAUAA